CGCACUUGUUUCGUUUUAUGACGUCACGCAGACAGCGCGAACUUUCGCGCGCCUUUGCUGCCUUUACCGCUCUACGGGCAUUUGCGAUCUCGAAAGCAUGUGUAACGUACUUUAACCUCUUACGAUUGCUUCAGUGCCCUUGUUUGCUUUUGAAGUUAUAACAGUUGUAAUGGAGCCUGACGACGUGGAUUUUCACUUUCCUUUCGAGCCGUAUCCAGUGCAGCGCGCUUUUAUGAAAGCGUUGUACACAGCGCUCAGCGAAAGCAAAGUCGGCAUUUUCGAGAGCCCAACGGGUACAGGUAAAUCUCUGAGCAUCCUGUGUGGAGCUCUGGCGUGGUUGAGCGAGUACAAGAAAUCAAAGAAGGCCUCGUUGGAAACAGAAUUAUCAGAGUUACGAAAGGAGAGUGCCUCAUCGAUUGAUGCCGGGGACGACUGGUUGACAAAAGGUGCACACAAGAUGCUAGUAAAUCAACGACUGCGGGAAGUUGAACGCCAGUAUGACGCACUCAUGGACAAGGAAAAAAAGUUCGAAGACCAUAAAGAGAACGCAAGGAGGCGAUCAGGUGCUCGAAAUGCAAAAGCGAAAGGUGUGCCUCAAGGCACUGAUGACAUCACUAAAGAAACCGAAUCUAUUGCUCGACUGUUGGCUGAAAUAAACAACGACCAAGAGGACGUUGUUGACUACGACAGUGAUGAUGACGCAGCUCGUGGUGGUGACGGUGACGACUCUUCUGACGCAUUGGCAGGACCGAAAAUAAUUUAUUGCAGCAGAACACAUUCCCAGCUAACACAGUUGGUGCGAGAACUGAAGAAAACUGUGUACAGCGAUAGUAUUCGCACUGUGACACUCGCAUCUCGAGGGAAUCUGUGUGUCAACGACAUGGUGACGAAACUAGGUAACCUGUCAUUAGUAAAUGAUCGCUGUUUGGACAUGCAGAAAGCUUUCUCUAAGCCAAAGGUAGCAGCUUCACCCGAACGCAAGCGAACCAAGGCAAGCACAGUGGGCAAAUGCCCCUUUUACAGGCCCCAGGCUAUGGAGUCCCUAGCAAUGGACAUUCUAACUGAAGUACGAGACAUUGAAGAAGUGGUUCAUCAGGCAAGAAAGGAUAAAGCAUGCCCAUACUACUCAUCACGAUAUGCAACACCAGAGGCAGAACUUGUGCUAAUCCCAUACAAUAUACUUUUGCAGAAGACGACAAGGGAAGCAUGCAAGCUUGACAUGAAAGGCAGUAUUGUGAUCAUUGACGAGGCACACAACCUUCUGGAAACUAUCAGCGACUUGCACAGUGUGAAUUUAAAGAUUGCGAACCUCAAGGAUGCCCAAUGUGUGCUGAGUGAAUACUUCAAUCGCUACCAUGCGCGGAUGAACACGAAGAAUGUACUGUACAUUAAGCAGGUGCUCUACAUACUCAAGUGCUUCAUUCGUUACCUAACUGGAGGUGGCAAGGAGGCUGUGCAGAGUGACAUUUCAACCAUGUGUACAGUGACUGCAUUUCUGGUAAACACUGAAGUACACCAGAUUAAUUUGUUCAGGGUGGUGAACUACUUGGAACAAAGUCGAAUUGCCCUCAAGGUCAAUUCCUUUGCAAAAAAAGCCACCGUGGCAGCAGCGAAAAAAUCAGAUAACGUGCAAGCUGUCAAGCUAUCAGACUUCAUUGAUUCCAUGAAAAAAUGCAAUUCAAAAUGUGUGGUGCCCAUAAAGGAGGCAUCUUUACAGCAGGCCGAGAACCGUUUUGUUGCGUCUGGAAAUCCUAUGAUAGCAGUGCAGGAAUUUAUUCGUGAACUUGCAUACUCUCGCAGUGAUGGCCAAGUAUUGGUGCACAAGGCUAAAUGCACAGAAGACUCAUUCGUGAAGUACUUGCUGCUCAGCCCUGCCAAUAAUUUCAGAGAUAUUGCAUCUGAAGCACAUUCAAUCAUUUUGGCUGGAGGAACAAUGCAACCCACAAGUGAGUUUGUUGACCAGCUUCUAAUUCCUGCUGGAGUGUCUCCAGAACGCAUCAUGCAUUUCUCGUGUGGCCAUGUUGUUGCCAAAGAAAACCUAUCUGUAAUCGCUUUAGGACAGGGACCCACAGGCAGGGUCUUUGAAUUUACGUACAAGAACAAAAUGGACCCCGAGGUGGUAGACGAACUAGGCAGGGUACUUGUGAAUGUGACAAGGGUCAUCCCAGGUGGCAUUGUGUGUUUCUUUCCAUCAUACGAAUACGAACGUGCAGUCUCUCAAAGGUGGAAAGAAACUGGUGUCUUGGAAAAGUUUUCUAUGAAGAAGCAUAUUUUUCACGAACCUUUGAAGUCCUCAGAGCUUGAAAGCACUCUGGAGCGGUACAGCCAAUGUGCCAAAGCAACAUCUUGUUCAGAACCCAUGACAGGAGCCAUCCUCUUCUCAGUAGUAGGCGGAAAAAUGAGCGAAGGCAUCAAUUUUUCUGAUGACAUGGGUCGAUGUGUUGUUAUGAUUGGCCUUCCUUUCCCUAAUGCUAAAGCACCAGAAAUGAUGAGUAAAAUGGAAUUCUUGACUGCUACCUACCCUCGAACAAAUGAUGGGCGCACUGCAGGUCAGGCAUACUAUGAAAGUGUCUGUAUGAAAGCAGUGAACCAGUCAAUUGGCCGAGCUAUUCGUCACAAGGAUGACUAUGCUGUAAUACUACUACUUGACCAACGUUACCAGAAACAAAGUGUCACGAAAGCUCUGCCUGCUUGGAUACAGGACAGCCUCACCAUACCUGCAAAGUUUGGGGCAGCAUUUGCGGCAAUUCAGCAGUUCUUCCGAGGGCGACGGAGUCGGCAGAGCAUUGGCUAAGGUCUCUGCUAAGUUGGGACCAGGCAGCUUUUAUUGUAGUGCCUGUGCAGUGUUUUGCAGAAUAGAAUGUGUUAUACUUCUUUUGACUAGCCACUUUUUGUCCAGGAACAGUCGUGGCUCCAUUCAUGUAUAAUUUUUUACUUCCUACAAGGCCAUGUAUUAGGUUGUGAUGUGAAGUUUGUGAGGAAAGCAAGCAGCACAGAUGAAGAAAUAAAGACAAGCAUUUUAGUGUUGAACAGGUUGUAUUUGCAUCUAUUCAUUCUGACAUUCUACAAUAAGACACUUUUGUUGACAGUAGUUGAUUUUCAUGUUUGUGUACACACAAGACACUGUUGCAUUUCAGCAACCACUUGCAAAUAUAUUUGCAUGAAAGUUGUAGUGUGUAACAUUGCAAAAUAAUUUUCUGAACACUAUUAUAGCAGAUUUCUAGUACUUUACUGUGGACAAUUUUGUAUUGUUUGCCCAAUUUUGUGAAAUUUCUAGCCAAUGUCAAUGCACCAAUACUCUUGCUGAUUUCCGUUUGAACUCUGCGAUUUUUAAUGUCAAUUCAAUUUUUAGUGCAGCACUUCUCGAUUCUGUCCAACCACAAUCCUAUUGCAUUAAAGUUAUGGACGUUGACAGUACACAGUUAAAGUCAGAUGCAAUGUGGCACCUUGAUAUAAUUGCAACAGUACAUUCUCUUAUCUAUUCACACACCAUACAGCCAAAAAUGCACUGUAUGAAGACAAUGUUGAAAAGGCUCUUUCAUGCCACAAUGAAAAAGCACAUAAAAUGCAUAAAAAUAUAUCACGGGAUCUGUCGGAUCAUAAAAAAAUCCUAAGGGAAGCUUCUUCGUAACAAAUAUGAAAAUCCGUUAGCACUAUUCCGUGUAUACAUGUAUAAAAAUAUGUGCUAGGCAAAGUGGGCCUAAAAGGAAAGGCACAGUUAAGAACAACAGUGUUCGUACACUGGCUGUCCAUUUCUAUAUAAAGCUGCACACUAUCGAUGCAAUGUAAAAUAAGCUGUAUAUUAACUUCGGAAAAAACAAAGAAACAACCUUGCAUAUGGACGGAAUGUUAAGUAUGUGUCACACAUUGCUGAAAAGUGAACAGCAUACAGGUUACAAGGUGAUGAGUAAAAAGCACUCGGUGGCUUGGGUAAUGGUCCCAGAGGUAUGAGCACAGGCCAGAAAGCUGAAGAUCAAUUGACGGUUGCCAGCAAUGCUACAAAAUUAUUGUCAGCUUUCGAACUUCACUUAGAAGCCUAAACAUGACACCUUUCUGUUGGCUGCCGCACUCACUGAGCAAACAAAAAAGAGAGGCUAUGCCACGCAUGGCCUCAUACCCCAAGUCAAGCUUCUGUAAUGCUUGCCACUGCCGCCACCGCACAGCAGACGAAGAGCGGUCACGCGCACUUUAACCUCAGAGAUGUGGAGCAUGUGCCAUUUUAGGGGCCAUGUUGUACAUUACUUCCAUCCGUUAUAUGCUGCAUGGCGGUGCUUGCUGCAGACUUUGUCUAUUCAGUGUAAAUCCAACAGAAAGUGGUCAUGUGUAGUGUGGCAGUGAACUGACACAGUAUUCUAAAGCACCAAGUCUAGCAACUUCACCACAAUACACCUAAAAGGUGUUAAACACACAUCAUGCCUGUACUGGGAUUUUUCAGAUCUGAGUUUCAACUGAGGUCUGUAAAAGACCCGAGAUGGUACAAUGAGAAAGUAAUGCAGUUAACUAAGGACGUCAAAACAGAUGAAACAACUGCACAUUUUUUUUGAGAUUCCAAAAGAUGUGUAAACAACAGGGAAAGCCGAAAACAACAGGUUUAGUAAUUGUGAAUAAUCAAUACACACUAAACAACAUUAGAGUGUUUCACUUAACUUAAAACAAACUUUACGACAAAGGUGGUAUGUUGUACACAGAUGAAACCAAUAAAGUUGUUAGGCUUCCAAUUUUGAGGCAUUUACCUUUUUCCAAAGUUGGCGAAUGGUUUUCAGUGUUGAUAAAUUUUUUAGAGAUCUGUUUAUCACUGCGUCGCUCCGAAGGAAGCCAAAAGGCAGUGAUAAUUGAUCAAAAGAAGUUGAAAAGAAGUUGAAUUUCUUAAGUGGAAUUUCCAUGAUUAUUGCCAAUUUUAGCAGCGCUUCACGAGGCAUCCACUUAAAGAGAUGAUGGCAAUACAGUUUCUGCAUGCCUUGGCCUGGGACAACUAGUGCUAUGAGGAAGCCUUCAAGCAAUGGAAGUCUAUUUAUUGGGGGAAGGGGGAAACUAAUGAAAAUGUCCUGGAAAAUUAAAUUCCUUUCCUUCACUUAGGUGGAAAAAUUCAGGCAAAUUGAUGUUAACGUCAGAAAGAAUCGGCCUUUUAAACGUAGCCUUCGGCCGAUUUAGGUUUGACCAUUUUGACGAACUUCACCGAGAUGUUAGUCAAGCACACCUCAUCAAGAUUUCUGCAAAGUAACCAACAUUUGCUAUAUACUGUUUGUAGGACAGUGUGCCAAGGAGAGGAGACAAUUGAAAAUGCAACACGAGAAAAACAGUGCUUCUACAACAUUUCCUAUGAUCCAACAAUAGUUAUUUUGCACAUUCAGGAGCUGCCAUUUAUUUGUGCAACAUACAACUCUACUCUUUUAUAUAGAUGAAGAAGAGCAAGCCUGUUUCAUUUCACAUUCAGGGUUGCUGAAAUUGGACCAUUGUCCCAAACCCAACAGAAGAAAAAAAUUGAGACACAAAGUGCUCAAGAAUGAAUGUUUCUUACUUUUAACUGCGUUGACCAUAUGUAUAAAUACCAUAAAGAAUAAGGGAAACUGAGGGUCCUGAAUCCUUGGCUUCACUGCCUGUUGUCUCCACAAGGUUUAUAGCCAACAGGCAGAUGUUUUUCGGCUUUUUUGACAUGAAUAGGAAAGUCAGUUCUUGGUAGCAGCUGUUUUCAGCAAACAGUUUAUGCAACAUAUUCAAUAAAUUUAUUAGUUAAGAUCAAAUGUAUGAAUUAUAACACUUGAUUAAUGGGGCCUGAACCAUCUUUCUUUUAUGCCUCAAGAAAGCUUUCAAAAGAGUGAAGUGCUUCGAAGGAAUAUAUUACUAAAAUAAUUUAAAAAGAAGACAUAGCAUGAGGCAGAGAUAUUACAAGUGCAAUGUUUACCUUUCCCGUUUCCUCUCAACAUUCUCUGUUCCGAAGGAGCGGCGCGGCGCUGGUGGUGGAAUCUUGCCAAUGGCAUUACAGUAGUACCUACCUCAUGCAUAUGUUUUGGAAAAAAAAAAAAACGCAAGAAAAAAACAUACUAACCGAGGAAA